AGUAAAGUUCCCUUAGAGAGUGGAGGUGCGCGCCUCUCCUGUGUGCUAAUCGGGGAGUACUACUUGAUCUUGGUGAUGAAGAGAUGCUGAUGUGUGUUAGAGGUUGAGGCCAGCGGGGAUAUGUAAGGCAACGACCUCAUAAUUUUAGUGCAUGGUGGCAUCCGCGAGAUAUGGGCUGGCUGGCCCGUCGGGAGCCAUGAGAUCGCCAGCACCCCGUUGUGUGUGGCUCGGGCUGUGGGCCGCCGCCACACUCCUCACUGUGUGGGCACCGCGGGGUUGUGCCGGCGGACGUACUAGUGAAUAUUUAGACAACGUUACUCAAACCAUAGAAUCUCUUCUUGAUGGAUACGACAUUAGACUCAGGCCUAACUUUGGAGGAGAACCUUGUUACAUCGGCAUGGACAUCACCAUCGCUUCGUUUGACUCCAUUUCCGAAGUAAAUAUGGAUUACACGAUUACGAUGUACCUCAACCAGUACUGGAAGGACGAGAGACUGGCAUUCAGUUCCGGGAACGAGUGCUUGACGCUUCCAGGCGACUUCGCGGAGAAGAUCUGGGUUCCAGAUACUUUCUUUGCCAAUGACAAAAGCAGUUACCUCCACGACGUUACAGAGAAGAAUAAAUUGGUUCGACUCCACGGCGACGGUUCCAUCACCUACGGCAUGAGGUUCACGACGACCUUGGCCUGCAUGAUGGACCUCCACUAUUAUCCUCUGGACAGUCAGAACUGCACUGUUGAAAUCGAGAGUUAUGGCUAUACCGUCGCGGACGUAGUCAUGUACUGGAAGGAGACGCCCGUGGUGGGCGUGGAAGAGGCCGAGCUGCCCCAGUUCACCAUCAUGGGGUACGAGGCCAAGGACAGAACGGAGGAACUGGCCACGGGCAUCUACAGGAGACUCUCCAUCAGCUUCAACCUGCAGAGGAACAUCGGGUACUUCGUGUUCCAGACGUACUUGCCCAGUAUCCUUAUCGUCAUGCUGUCCUGGGUGUCUUUCUGGAUCAACCACGAGGCCACUUCGGCUCGUGUGGCUUUGGGCAUCACCACCGUGCUGACCAUGACCACCAUCAGCACGGGCGUGCGUUCCUCCCUGCCGAGGAUCUCGUACGUCAAAGCCAUCGACAUCUACCUGGUGAUGUGCUUCGUGUUCGUCUUCGCGGCGCUGCUGGAGUACGCCGCCGUCAACUACACCUACUGGGGCCAGAGGGCGAAGAAGAAGGCGAAGAAGAUGAAGGAGAGCAACGGCCAGAACAAGCAGCCUCCGGCGGCUAUCAAGGCGGACGGCUUCACCGCCGCCAGCGAGGAGAUCAUCGAGCUGCAGGACAUCCGCAUGUCUCCCAUCCCCUCCAUUAGGCAACGCCACAACUCCAAGUUCUUCUCGAGCGAGGGAUCCCUGCAGGACCUGAAGUUCCCUCCCUCUUUUCGCAUCAACCGCAACUACUCCUUCCCCACCAGGUCCAGCCUGCGCGCCCCCAAGGCUCCCAACAGGAAGAGGAUGAUCUCCACCCUGAAAAAGGGCGCCUCGGCCAUCAAGGGCGCCAUGCCCGUCAUUAAAGAUGUUAACGUUAUCGACAAGUAUUCCAGAGUGAUCUUCCCUCUCUCCUUCGUGUUCUUCAAUACAGUUUACUGGUGCUUCUAUCUACUCUAAAAGUCAGCUCUGUUUUCGUCAUCCACCCUCCCUCCACCCUAUACCUCCCUCCCUCCCCUGGUCCUCCCCUACGCCUCCUCCCCUCCCCACAACCCAACCUCUCCUCUCAACUCACUGAUUGGCAGUAGCCUAAGAGAAGAAAAUCAUAUGAAAACGAAGACAAUGUUGAAACGAUUAGUUCUCGCUGAGAAGAAAGCUAGCUGCCUGUUGCUACUACACUGUAGCCUAUGGGCGUCCUUUCCAGUAAGUAAUACCUGUUAAAAUGCCUAGAUGAUUACUGUACAUACUGUUACAAAGGACAGAAAAAUAAGCAUUUCCUCUGUUCUAAGGAUCUCUAGACUUACCAGAUAUAUAUAUGUAGUGUACGUGUAUAUACACAUCCCAUGCACACUUGCCUGUGUGUGUAUAUAUGCAAAUACAUAUGUAUACGUAUUGUUUAGAGUAUUGUGAUAUACUCAGAGAAAAAGCGCUACUCAUAAACUCUCGAUUAGGCGAGGCAUUUUACCAUGAAUUGUUUUCAAACAGGGAUAAUGCAGUGACGAUGUAUAUAGUAUAAAUGUCAGGAAUGAAUGCGCCCCCACCUCCCAGUUUCCCGCCCCCCAACCCGCCCAAAAAACAGUGAUUUGUGUGUCCCAUAAUGCUGUCAUGAAGACAAGAGAACAUGAAAAA